AGUUGAGUAUUUCCUCAGAGAUGACAAUUUCUUUCUUCAUCCUGUUGUUCAUGGUAGGCCUCAAAGUUAAUUUUGGAGCAUGCCAAAAUGAGUGCUCAGAAUUACACUGUGGAGACAUACCUAUCAAAUUCCCUUUUCGACUCAAAGACAAGCAGCCUGAUCACUGUGGCUACCCUGGAUUUGAUUUAUCCUGCAAUGGAAGCAACAAUACGGUGCUUGAGCUGCCAAUUUCAGUGAAGUUCAACGUUACUCAAAUCAACUACAAAUCCCAGGUAAUUCAAGUGGUUGAUCCAGAUGGUUGUGUUCCCAGGCAGCUUCAUAAACUUAAUCUGUCUGCCUCUGCCUUCCAAUUCAAAGACGAAGGGCUCUACUAUACUUUAUUCAAUUGUUCACCAGCAGAUAGAAAUUUAUAUUAUCAAAUUCCCUGCCUUAGUGAGACUGGCCACCAAAUGUUGGCUAUAUAUUCAGAUUUUUCCAUCGACGAAGUUCCCAUUUCGUCUUGUACCAAACUGUAUAACCUUCCACCUGUUCCACUUGAUAUAUUCGAGUCAGAAAAUGUUCUUCGUUUGGAAUGGUUCAAACCAGAAUGUAAACAUUGUGAGAGGAAAGGUGGAAAAUGUAAAUUGAAGAACAACAAUGACACUGAAUCAGAAACGGAGUGCUUCAAAGUGGGCAAACAAGGUGCCCGUGCCUCAACAAAGCUAGUGGUUAUAGGUAAGCCAUGCAUGCCCUUUGUCCUCUGUUUUCUUUUUUUUCUUUUUUCUUUUUUUUCCAAAAUCUCUUUUUCUCUAUAA